GGCGGGCGUCUUCGACACCACCGACGCGGGGACGACGUACCGCCUCAACCCGAUAUCGUACCUCCUGGUGGAUGGCGUCCACAUCGACGGCGACGCAUGCCAGACGGCCAUCGUGCGUGUGGCCUCCUCGCGGUACUACGUGGAGGCGGCAUUCGGGCUGGCGGACUGGUUCCGGAAGGACUUUGACGGGCCGGUGCCUUCGCCGUUCGAGGACUUGCACGGCGCGACCAUCUUCGACGACAGCAUGGCGCUCCUGGACCCGGAGAUGGAUAAGCUGGUCCACGAGGCCAAGGCUUCCCAUAACCAUAUGGGGAUCGGUCUUGUGCUCCGGCAGUGCCAUGACCUGUUUCAGGGACUUGAGUCUCUGACUGACUUGUGCGGUGGUGAUGGCACGACGGCGAGGGCCAUCGUCAGGGCCUAUCCGCACAUCAAGUGCACUGUGCUUGACCUGCCAAAGGUCAUCGACAAAGCUCCGGCUGAAGGUGUGGUUAAGUAUGUUGCUGGUGACAUCUUCCACGUCGUCCCGCCUGCUCAAGCUGUGUUGCUCAAGUCUGUUCUGCACUUGUGGAGCGACGAGGAUUGCAUCAAGAUCUUGGCACAAUGCAAGAAGGCCAUUCCUCCUCGAGGUGCAGGAGGAAAAGUCAUUGUGAUAGAUAUUGUGCUUAGCUCGGCUUCGGGGCUGAUGCUGGAAACCCAUCACCUGGUGGAUAUGUUGAAGCUGGUGAUGACGAGAGGCCGGCAGCGGGAUGAAAAGGACUGGAGCGACAUCUUCAUGAAAGCAGGUUUCAGCGAAUAUAAGAUUUUCAAGAAAGUUGGAGCUCGAGCUGUCAUUGAGGUCUACCCGUAAGGUUGUGCUCCCAAAUGCUCUAAUAUAUGUUGUGGAUUGUUGUGUGCUCCAAGGAUAUAUAAAUAAUUGAGUGCCUUAUAAUUUUCCGAAGGGAGGUCUCACGGGUCAUAAAAUAGCAAGACUAUUAUGUUUUGUUACCUUAUGAUACUCGUGCAACUUUCUUUUGGAAAAGUAUUAUAUAUGCACUCAUAGUGCUUUGCAUACGAUACAAUGUACAAUUGCCUACCAUAAGAUUAUGUUGGAAAUAUGCCCUAGAGGCAAUAAUAUUGUAUUAUCUAUUUUCACUUUUAUAAUUAAGAGUUCAUAUUC